AUGACCACCAAGUUACUGAAAACUGAUUUGCCAAAAAAAAAAAUACUGAAGCAGCGUCAGAUUAUGUACUUCCCAAGGGCUCCACUUGCACUCCUCAAAAGCUCCACCUGUGAUGGAAAAGGAGAAAUGGCAGCCUGUUCCUUCUCAAGGUUAUGGAAAGUCUCUGAUUCAACUCUGUUCCAAAUGAUUUUGGUCAUUGUUUUGAUGGCUACUGUUCUUGGUGAUUGUGGUCCUCCACCCAAGUUACCAUUUGCUUUUUCAACAAGCCAGUUGUAUGAGACAGAGUUCAAAACUGAAACUAUUGUGAAAUACACCUGCCGCCCUGGCUACAAAAAAAUCAAUUCAAGUAAAGUUACUUGUGAUGAAGAUGGCUCAUGGAAAUAUAGUAUCUUUUGUGCAAAGAAACAAUGCAGACACCCAGAAUGCGUGAUUGUCAAGUGUGAGCCCCCUCCAGAUAUCAGCAAUGGGAAACACAGUGGAGAUAAAGAAAUCUAUACAUAUGCCUCAUCUGUCACCUACAGCUGUGACCCCCUCUUCUCACUCAUAGGCAAUGCCUCCAUUUUCUGCACCGUGGAAAAUAAGACAAUAGGUGUCUGGAGGCCAGACCCUCCCACCUGUGAAAAAAUUGCCUGUCGUCCGCCAAAGAUUCCAAAGGGAAUCUUUGUCUCUGGAUUUGGGCCCUUCUAUACUUACAAAGAUUCCAUUGUGAUUAACUGUGAGGAAGGUUUUAUCCUCAGAGGCAGCAGUUUAAUCCACUGUGAAGCUGAUAAUGAGUGGCAUCCUUCUGUUCCCUCUUGUGAACCCAUGGAUGGUUGCACUGACUUACCAGAUAUUUCCUAUGCUUCCUGGGAGAGAAGUGACUACAACCUAAGUGACCAGGAAAUAUUUGAAGUUGGGACUGAGUUGAAAUAUAAGUGCAAACCUGGCUAUAGACCUAUUCUAAAUAAGCCCCUGAUUAUGACUUGUCAGAAAAAUUUGACAUGGACAUCUUCCAAUAAGUGUGAGAGUGUAUGUUGCCCAACACCAGAUCUAGAAAAUAUAAGAAUUAUAAAUGAAAGGAGAUAUUUCACGGAUAAAUGUGUAUAUGCCUAUGGAGACUACAUUUCAUAUACCUGUGAUGAAGGCUACUUUCCUAUUUCUGUUGGUGAAAAGAGUCAAUGCCACACAGAUGGCACAUGGAAGCCUAAGAUGCCAGCAUGUGAGCCAGUUUGCAGUUACCCUCCCAGUAUUGCCCAUGGACACUACAAAGAAGUUAUUUUAAUAACUCCUUAUCCUGAGGCUACAUAUGAAUGUGAUGAAGGAUAUGUUUUGGCAGGAUUUGCUACAAUCUACUGCAAAUCUUUUCACUGGCAAAGUUCACCUCCUCAAUGUAAAGCUUUGUGUCUGAAACCGGAAAUAGUGAAUGGAAGGCUGUCUGUGGAUAAAGAUCAUUAUGUUGAACCUGAAAAUGUCAUCAUCCAUUGUGACUCUGGCUAUAGUGUGGUUGGUCCCUCAAGUAUCACUUGCUCUGAGAACAGAACCUGGCACCCAGAGAUGCCCAGGUGUGAGUGGGAGGCCCCUGUAGGCUGUGAACAAGUGCUCGCCGGCAGACACCUCAUGCAGUGCCUCCCAAGUUCAGAGGAAGUGAAAAUGGCCCUGGAGGUAUAUAAGCUGUCUCUGGAGAUUGAACAACUGGAACAAGAGAGAUACAAGUUGAUGAACGUCAAUCAGAAAUGUUCUGGAAAAGGGGAUGCAGGGGAGUCAUUUUUGCCCUCAGUUCAAGUUAUAGAAUCUCCAUUGAGCAACUCUACUGUUCCUUAA